AUAAAAUGUCGUUAUAAAAAAACAUUAUUUAACAAAGUCUCCCACUGCUUUCUUUAUGAUAUUGUCUGUGAUAAACUAUAAAGAUGUUGGUGCCAAUCUUUACUUUGAAAUUAAAUCAUAAAGUCAACCCUCAGAUGGUGGCAGUUGGUAAAUAUGAUGGAAUUCAUACUUCACUAGCUUGUGCUACUUCAGCUGGAAAGGUCUUGAUACAUAAUCCCCAUAAGAGAAGACUGCAGUCUGAAGGUCGUAUGAGUGGUGGUGAAGGAGAUAUUAGUCUAUUGAAUAUCAACCAACAAGUUACAGCAGUAGAAUCAGGUAGAUUGGUAGCUGGUACUCAGAAAGAUACAUUAGUUAUUGGUACUCAGACUAAUUUACUAGCUUAUGAUGUGGACAAUAACUCUGAUCUCUUUUAUAAAGAUACUCCUGAUGGAUCUAAUGCUAUAGUAUUGGGUAAAUUAGGUUCACUGGAUCCUUUAUUAGCAGUAGUUGGUGGUAAUUGUUCUAUACAAGGAUUUGAUUCUGCUGGCAAUGAUGCUUUCUGGACUGUAACAGGUGACAAUGUGUCUUCAUUGACUUUAAUGGAUUUUACUGGUAAUGGUCAAAAUGAGUUAGUAGUUGGAUCUGAAGAUUUUGAUAUUCGUGUAUUCAGAGAAGACGAAAUCAUAGCAGAAAUGACUGAAACAGAGACAAUAACGGCACUAUGUUCUAUGAGUGAUAAUAAAUUUGGUUAUUCACUAGCUAAUGGAACUGUUGGAGUUUACGAGAAAACUGCAAGAUUCUGGAGAAUUAAGUCUAAGAAUCAAGCUGUAUCUAUUAGUAGUUUUGAUCUUGAUGCUGAUGGGGUACCAGAAUUAAUAACAGGAUGGAGUAACGGCAAGAUUGAUGCUAGAAGUGAUAGAUCAGGAGAAGUUAUAUUUAAAGAUAAUUUUAAUCAUUCAGUAGCUGGUAUUGUACAGGGAGAUUACAGAAUGGAUACCAUGGCAUCAGCAGAUCAACUUAUUUGUGUCUCUGUUGAGGGAGAAGUGCGAGGUUAUAAUCCAGCAGCACCUGAUAUGUCUGGUAAUUUAAUGGACGCCAAUCUAGAACAAGACAGUAUCAGGGAACUUAGUCAGAGGAAACAGAAUCUAAUGUUAGAGUUGAAAAAUUAUGAAGAGAAUAUCAGGCUAGGAUCAGGGAAUCAGAUAGGAGAAUAUGAUAAAGCACAGAUGGGUAUUAUACCUGCUAAUACCCAAUUACAGACAACUCUAGCUGUUAAUUCUGGUGAUGAGAAAACUCCUGCUCAUGUAGAAUUGUUGAUCAGUACAUCAAAUGAAACUGUAAUAAGAGCUGUACUGAUAUUUGCUGAAGGUAUUUUUGAAGGAGAAAGUCAUGUAGUACAUCCUGUAAGUUCUAUCCUAUCAGCUAAUCUGAAAGUACCAAUUAUUCCACCUAAAGAUGCCUUAGUUGAUCUCCAUAUUAAAACCAUGGUUGGUUCUAAAACCAGUACCCAAUUCCAUGUUUUUGAGUUGACACGACAGUUACCCAAGUUUUCUAUGUAUUCACUGAUUGAUCCCAAUAUUCCUGACCCUAAAAGUUCAGUUACAUUCCAAAUAAAUGAUAGAGUUCAAAGGGUUUUAUUAUGGAUCAAUCAGAAUUUCUUGAUGCAGGAAGAUUUAGAAUGUGAAGGAAAUUUAAGAGUUGCCUUUAUGUCAUUACGUGGUACUGGUCCUUUAAUAAUACAGAUGGAACAAAAUAGCCAGAUGUGUAUUAAGACUGAUAAUAUGGAUUUAGCUGGUGAUAUUAUACAAUCUGUAGCUAAUUUCCUGAAAAUAGAAGAUUUACAGUCACUGGUAGAAUAUCCUACAGAGAUGGAGACUUUAGAGAAAGUUCUUGUCAAGGUUGAUGACUAUCAUUCAGUCAGACAGAAAUUAACAGCAGAAAUGGCCGACCAUUCUAAUCUUAUACGUAGUAUGGUGGUCAGAGCAGAAGAUUCGAGAAUUAUGGGAGAUAUGAAAAGUAUGAGAAGAGGUUAUAUGGAUUUGUAUGAUUUGAAUAGAGAUUUAAUCAAUGGUUAUAAAAUAAGAUGUACAAAUCAUCAAGAAUUAGUGACAUGUUUAAAACAAGUCAAUCAGAUCAUACAGAAGGCAGGCAGACUACGGGUUGGUAAAUAUAAAACACAAGUAGUGAAUUCAUGUCGAGCAGCCAUUAAAAAUAAUAAUGUCAGUUCUUUAUACAAAAUAAUUAGAACUGGCUUUGUGUAG